GAUGCACAUCAAUCACUGCUUUUUAUUCGCCAUCGUUGUUCGUAAGGGUGUCUACGUUCACUUUAAGACUGACAAAAUAGAAAUGGUGACGUCAUUAAUCUCUUUCGGGAGGGAGGGGUGCGGUUAGUUGUGUUCGGUACUGAUUGGUUCAAUUCGUCCAAUAGAGAGGCAGCCUUUUGACGCGGGCUCAUCUUAAAACUCACCAAUCAGCGCUCUCUCGCCUGGAUAAAAUCCGCAGCUCGCCAGGUUUGAGGCAUUCACGUUACGAGGAUAACGGAGUGUGUCAGUAAAAAUGGCAAGAACGAAGCAGACAGCUCGUAAAUCUACCGGAGGUAAGGCUCCUAGGAAGCAGCUGGCUACUAAGGCAGCCCGCAAAAGUGCCCCUGCCACCGGCGGUGUCAAGAAACCUCAUCGCUACAGGCCCGGUACCGUGGCCCUUCGCGAAAUCCGCCGCUACCAGAAAUCGACCGAGCUGCUGAUCCGAAAACUGCCCUUCCAGCGCCUGGUGAGGGAGAUCGCCCAGGACUUCAAAACCGACCUGCGUUUCCAGAGCUCAGCCGUCAUGGCUCUGCAAGAGUCUAGUGAGGCUUAUCUGGUCGGCCUCUUUGAGGACACCAACUUGUGCGCCAUUCACGCUAAGCGGGUAACCAUCAUGCCCAAAGACAUCCAGCUGGCCCGCAGGAUCCGUGGCGAGAGAGCUUAAGCAUCAUCAACACAACCACAACGGCUCUUUUAAGGGCCACCACAUCAGCAACUAAAAGUAUCAUUCCUCCAUCAUGUCAGACGAAAUAACUAAUACAAAAACAUCUAUAAUUGCACACAAUGCAUUUGGUUAA